GCACGGGGAGGAGGCGUGGGGCGAGGAGAAGGAGGGAAAAAGAGAGAGAGAGAGGGAACCAGGGGAGAAAGAAAGGAAGGAAGGAAGAAAGAAAGAAAGAGGGAGCAGUGAGAUUUUUGUCUCGGGAAACCCGUCAAAAUGGCAACGGAGGAGAAGCGGAGCGGGGGGUGCCGGCAGCAGCAGCGCGCGGCGGAGGCUGGGCCCCCCUGUGCGUGUCAUAGCAACAGCAACAACAACAACAGCAACAGCACCGGUACCGGUACCGGCACCGCCACCGCUGCGGGCGACCCCGGUUCCAAAGCGGACGGCGAGGUCUGCGACACCGCGCCGGCGACCCCGACCUCGGUCUGCCCGGAGCCCGGGAGCGCCGGCCCGGACUGCGCCUCCCACGAUACCGGGACCGCCGGGACCGGCACCAGCGGCCCCAACGGCAGGGGCAAGUGGGUCCGGCUGAACGUGGGCGGCACCGUGUUCCUCACCACCCGCCAGACCCUGCUGAAGGAGCAGACCUCCUUCCUGUACCGGCUGUGUCAGCAUCAGGACCUGCACUCCGACACGGUG